AUGUCGACUUUGUCUGGUGGAAGUGCACAAUCGCGAACUGACAACGAACAAGCCGACAAUGAAGCCACUUAUAGCAUUUUUUAUCAAUCACCAUCUGUUAAGGAGACAAACAAUGAUGAAGAAUUUGAUGCAACAUUUGUUAUUAGUGCACCAAAGACUCAUAAUACGAAUAACGAUACUCCUGAUGCUGAUGUUGGUUCAGCUAAUGCUACAGAAGCUGCAACUACAGCUGCACCAGAUUCUGGAACCCAGGAAACAAAAGAAGCUGUGUCAUCUGAAGAGUUUUAUGUGGAUGAAACUAUAAAUGACAACUUGUCCGACGAACCUUCAAUUUCUGCCUCAUUAACAUUACCGGUAAAAAAAACUGAAGUAUUAGAAACACCUGAAGACAGAGCUACGAAUGCAGAGUUGUUUUGUGAGUGCUACCCAACUACAGAUUAA